GGCCUGCAGCGAGCGCACUGCAGUCGAGUGCAAGCAUCACAUUCAUUCAGCAUCCACUAUUAACUGCUUCUCUUUUCUCUUCUUCACUUCUUCUUCUAUAAUAUCUGUAUUUCUACUAGAUAAUCACUUCUAACAACACCACCGCCGGUCUUAAAUCAUAUCCCGCUGACUAACACCUGACAAACUAUCUCCCCGCGGCUAUCGGCCCACUCCUCGCCCCCUCGGCUUUCCUCUUUCGUUCUCUCUCACUUUGUUUUCCACUUGCUGCAUUCAGCAUCCCACGCCUCGUCCACGCGAAAUCUCUCCGUUCCGCUCGUUCACGCGUCGGCCCGCUUUCCUCGUAUUUUUUACUGAAUCUAUCUUUUUUUUGAGCUUGCUUGUGCGCGUGCGUGUGGGUCUGGAAUCAUGGCGGCUUCGUCUUCUAAGAAUGAUCUGCCUAAGCUGUUUGUCUAUGAUCUUGAUUAUACUCUCUGGCGUUGCUGGUGCGAUACCCACAUAACACCCCCUAUCAAAGCCCAUCCAACCGAACCCGGCACAGCCAUCAAAGACAGAUACGGCUCAGAAAUGGCGUUCUACCCCGACGUGCCCGGCAUCAUCGCCGACCUCUCGUCCACUAAAAACGUCCAGAUCGCGGCCGCGAGCAGGACUCAUGCUCCUGAUCUUGCGCGCGCGAUGCUUUCUCUUCUUCAUAUCGAUGGGAGGAGAGCAAUCGAUCACUUUUCCGUACUAGAGAUCUAUCCCGACUCGAAAAUAACCCACUUCAAAGCCCUCCACGAAAAAACCGGGAUCGCGUACGCCGACAUGAUCUUUUUCGACGACGAGUCGCGAAAUAAAGAGGUCGAGCGGAAACUCGGCGUGAAGUUCGUGCUCGUGCGGAACGGGCUCUCGAGAAAGCUGCAUGAUCGCGCGGUUGCGGAGUGGAGGAGGGAGAGGAGGGUGUAGAGCUGGUUUUCGUAGAGGCGUGGGUUGAUGAUGGGGAGGGAAGGUGGUUCUUUUGUUUUGUGUUGUGAUAUUAUUGUCGAGGUAAUACUCUUGGAAAGGUGCAGCAUGUUUGUGUAUAUUGUCUACAACACGCAUCUAACGCGAGCAAGACGCGAGCAUGACGGAGCAAAUCUGGA